UAUUAUUACUUCGUGGUAAUAGUUUGUCUUGACAAGAAAUCAUUUGAAGGGAAUAAAAAAAAAUAAUUUUGUAUUUUAAAAGAAAUUCUUCAAAUUUUUUUUUUUAGUCAUAAUAUAAUCAAAUAUGAGAUUAUCUUUUGGUCAUACGCUGUUUAUGUUUCAAAAACAUAUAGUUUCCAACGUAGAAUGUUUUUUCUUUAAACGAAAUUAUGCCGCUCAAAAUCUUUCGCUAGGUAAAAAAGGAAAAGCGGGAAAAAAAUUAGGACCUACAGCUACGAAAAAAUUAUUGCCAGUCGAAACCGAUGUUAAUAAAUUACUUACUUUUGUUUGCGGAAGUAAUAUUUUCAAGGAAGGUAAAGACAUUGAAAUUAAACCAGAUUCAGAAUAUCCAGAUUGGCUUUGGAACAUUCGCACUGGGCCACUUCCUCCUCUCGAAGAAAUGGAUAAAAAUACAAAAGCGUAUUGGAGAAGAUUGAGAAGAUUGGGUAUGCAAAGACAUAAUAAAAUGUCAAAAUUAAGAAGAUUUUAAAGUAAUAUAAAAUAGUUUAUUAUAUCGUUUGAACAUUGACUAUUGUUAAGAAUAAUAAAAUAAUAAGUUUAUGACAAA